AGAAAAAAUCAUGGGUUGGGCUAUUGAUGCAGAAGUCGAUACCACAGUGAACGUGGGAAACAAAAAUAUUGACAAGCAAAACCUUGAUAAUAACUCGCAGGACAAUAGACAGUUUAUUCGCGGCGGAUACAUGUCGACGGAAUUAUGCAAAGCUACCGACGAGCAAUUCAAAAAAGUUCUAUUGAUGAAGAUGGCUAACUCGAUGAAUGGCGAUGGUAAACAAAAAUGAAAUUCAUUGUAAUUAAUCUCAUGGAAUGGGCUGCUACAUGUUUUUAUUUCAAUUUCUUAUACUUUUUUUUGUGAAAAUGCAUAACUUGUAAAUGAAAAUCAUCACUUAUAAA